AAGGAAAAUGAUGGGGUGGAUGCGGAUUUGGUGCGGAUUGAGCACCGUCUCCGCGAGGACGGUGUCUGCUUCUGGAGCUUCAACACUGUGCUGCGGCAGUGGGCGAUGGGCCGCGCAGGCGAACUGUAUUCCUGCCCCGCCAGCCUGGGGCUUCUCGUCGACGUGGGUGGUGGCUGCUGCUGGCCCGCCACUGUGCAGCCUGGCACGCGAAACUACCCGCUUGCGGCGCUCCGUAACACGUUGAUGCAGCCCGGCUACCGCUGGACGUGCCCGCUGGAGCGGGAGGGGACGUUGCGCGUGCGUCGAGGGGUUGCAACAGCGCGGGCGGCGUCAUAUUUUGGUCUGCAACCGGUUCCUCCGACGGAGAGCGUGUGCGAUGUCUCUCUUGCGGCCUAUGUUGCGGCGUUCUUGCGUCGGUGCGAAGAGGGCGGCGAAACGGAGGAGGAGCGUGCGUCAGUCUCCCUGCCAAUUCUGGUGCGUCGUGGCGUGUGGGAAAAAAUGGAGAACAUCCGAAUGCUGGAUGACUUGCCCGACAGCUUCUUUCUGAUGACUUCGACGACACCGCACUGCGAGCCGUCUGACUUUGCUGCACUGGGGCGGCAGAGGCUCGGCGUUAUGUCUGAGUUUUGCGUGGACGAUGUGUUCGAAGAAGGCACCGUCGGUAUACUUGUGUGA